GCUUCCGGUUGGAGACGUGGCUCUGGGCCGCCAUCUUGGGAAGAGGCGAAGCUACAGCGGCUCCUGUCACGGGGGAAGCAGGUCCAAGGCGGCCGCUGCUCCCCCUCCCCGGACCCCAGCCCUAGCCCCAGUGGAGCGGGAGCGCCCCACUGCCGCACUCGCCAUGGUGCUGUUGGCGGCAGCAGUCUGCACAAAAGCAGGAAAGGCUAUUGUUUCUCGACAGUUUGUGGAAAUGACCCGAACACGGAUUGAGGGCUUAUUAGCAGCUUUUCCGAAGCUCAUGAACACUGGAAAACAACAUACAUUCGUUGAAACAGAGAGUGUAAGAUAUGUUUACCAGCCUAUGGAGAAACUGUACAUGGUGCUGAUCACUACCAAAAACAGCAACAUCUUAGAAGAUUUGGAGACCUUAAGACUCUUCUCAAGAGUGAUUCCUGAAUAUUGUCGAGCCUUAGAAGAGAAUGAAAUAUCUGAGCACUGUUUUGAUUUGAUUUUUGCUUUUGAUGAAAUUGUUGCCCUGGGAUAUCGGGAGAAUGUUAACCUGGCACAGAUCAGGACCUUCACAGAAAUGGAUUCUCACGAGGAGAAAGUAUUCAGAGCAGUCAGAGAGACUCAAGAACGUGAAGCCAAGGCUGAGAUGCGGCGUAAAGCAAAAGAAUUACAGCAGGCCCGAAGAGAUGCAGAGAGACAGGGCAAAAAAGCACCAGGAUUUGGGGGAUUUGGUAGUUCUGCAGUUUCUGGAGGCAGCACAGCUGCCAUGAUCACAGAGACCAUCAUUGAAACUGAUAAACCAAAAGUGGCACCUGCACCAGCCAGGCCUUCAGGCCCCAGCAAGGCUUUGAAACUUGGAGCCAAAGGAAAAGAAGUAGAUAACUUUGUGGAUAAACUGAAAUCUGAAGGCGAAACUAUCAUGUCCUCUAAUAUGGGCAGACGUACCUCUGAGACAACCAAAGUUCAUGCUCCACCCAUUAAUAUGGAGAGUGUGCAUAUGAAGAUCGAAGAAAAGAUCACACUAACCUGUGGACGAGACGGAGGACUACAGAAUAUGGAGUUGCAUGGCAUGAUCAUGCUUAGGAUCUCAGAUGACAAAUUUGGCCGAAUUCGUCUUCAUGUAGAAAAUGAAGAUAAGAAAGGGGUGCAGCUACAAACCCAUCCAAAUGUGGAUAAAAAACUUUUCACUUCAGAGUCCCUGAUUGGCUUAAAGAAUCCAGAAAAGUCAUUUCCAGUCAACAGUGAUGUAGGGGUGCUAAAGUGGAGACUACAAACCACAGAGGAAUCUUUUAUUCCACUGACAAUUAAUUGCUGGCCCUCAGAAAGUGGAAAUGGCUGUGAUGUCAACAUAGAGUAUGAGCUACAGGAAGAUAAUUUAGAGCUGAAUGACGUGGUUAUCACCAUCCCACUUCCGUCGGGUGUUGGUGCUCCUGUGAUUGGUGAGAUCGAUGGGGAAUAUCGACAUGACAGUCGGCGAAAUACCUUGGAAUGGUGCCUGCCAGUGAUUGAUGCCAAAAAUAAGAGUGGCAGCCUGGAGUUUAGUAUUGCUGGGCAGCCCAACGACUUCUUCCCUGUUCAAGUUUCCUUCAUCUCCAAAAAGAAUUACUGUAACAUACAGGUUACCAAAGUGACCCAGGUAGAUGGAAACAGUCCGGUCAGGUUUUCCACAGAGACCACUUUCCUGGUGGAUAAGUAUGAAAUCCUGUAAUACCAAGAAGAGAGAACCGAAAAGGAAAAAUUUCAAGUUAAUAGAAGAGCCAAAAAAUGGCUGAAGAGUUUUUCCAAAUUUACAAGCCAUUGGAGACCCUUUUUUUUUCCUGAUACAAUGUACAUCUCCUGUGCAAGGACCCUCAACUCAUCCCCAGUGUUUGAGUGUCACACAGACAUUCUUUGACAGAGAAAUGACGCAAACAUAAAGGGAAAGGCUGCUCAUUUCUUUGGCAGAUUUUACGGCCAGCAGGAAAGCAAGCUCUCCAGAGAACGCCCCAGCAAACACUUCCUCUGUCUUUGCCUAAGUUACUCCUUUAUUUUAAUCCCCAAAUACAGUCGUAUUUCAUACUUGGUUUUUAAAGUUUUCUCUGUAGAUUAUAACCCUUCAUACUUCCUUCCUUUCCGUACACUGAAUCAGGCACUGGGAUCAUCUGUAUAUAGGCAUUGUGUGACUUCCUGGAACAAGGUUCUCUGAACUGUUCUUGAUUUUUGGACAAUGUAAGUGAACUGUUUCAGGGAUAUGGAACAUAGAAGUUAAAAGACAAAAGCGACUCUCUUUCCCAUGUCUUCAUCACUCCAUUGUUUGCCAAGCUGUUUUCCUUCUAGGGCCUGUCCUUCCAGUUUAAAGUAGUACUGUGAGUCCCCAUGUGCUGAUAUUAAUGACAAACAGCUUUCAGACGACGUGGCCCCCUCUUCAGGAUGCCUAGGAGAAGGAUGGGUAUGGCUCCCUGGAAUAGCGUGUCUGUUGCUAGCGCUGUCCAUACCUACAGUUCUCCACAUUUUGGGUACUUGAGCUAAAAGGUAGUAGCCCACAGUUCUGUAUCCACUCACAUUCCUUAGGGUUUCCAUCUCCCUCUUCCCCAUCACUCUUUCUUCGGUCCUUUCUAGCAGAAACACGGUUAUGAUUUUGGAGGCCCUGGUUCAGUAACUAUUUGUGCCAGUCCUAUCCUGAACCUUCUUACUAAGUCCCUCCUGAAUUAUCAGGUGAAAUCCUCUAUUGCUAGAGUUCAGCAUCUCAGUAGGCCCUUGUUAUAUUGGUUAUAGGAGUGACUUAUGUAACCCAUUUCCUUACAGCCAACUCAGCAUUUUCCUCCAGCCUCUCUCUCUCUGUGAGACCUGUUGAGUGUCAUGGUGUGAUUUGUUUCUCAGCUUCUUUUCAUCUGUUACUUUUUUUGUGGAGAACAACGUUGCCAACCUGGCCUUGGUUUGUAAUCCAGUAUUGCAUCAGUAGGAAGUGUGACAGGUUGCCGAGAGGCUGCAGGCGCUGGCUGUGAGAAGAGACAAGUGACCCAGGUGGCCUCCUGCACUUACACUGGUGGAGAGCAGCACUCCAUUCUGACACCUGGUCCUGCCUGCAGAGAGCACUGUGUUGGCGCAGAGCAACCACAAAUGGCCGUAGCUGGAAUUGAUUGCCAAAGAAAUUUUUGGCCUUUCCCUUUCCCUAACUGUAUCAGGGGAAAAUACUUUUCUCUAGCUUGGUUUCAACAUGAAAUUUUUCUGAGAAAGGGGCUAGACUAUGAAGUCUAUCAUGUAGUUAAGUAGGCGAGAAAUCUUAUUAAUCCAGUUUUAUUUGAGAGUCAUUUGUUCAUAUGAUUUUUAAAAAGGCAAGUUUAAUUUCAUGAGACUUUUUUUCCUGAAAUUACUUUUGGGGUAAUAUUUAAAACGACAUUUUGUAACCCUGUAAAAUAUGUAGGGAAUAUAACAUUCCAUUGUACACAAAGAAGGCAGAUUCUUUAAUCAAAUAAAGAGUAUUAUAAAAUGAAA